GAUAAGACAUAGAGGUCCUAAUUGGGGUGGGUGUGAAAUUUCCGGUAACAAUAUUAUUUGCCAUGAACGGUUAGCUAUAGUUGGUGUUGACGGUAAUUCUCAACCACUCACUAAUGAUGACAAAUCCAUAAUUCUUUCUUAUGCUGAAAUAGGAAUUGAUGUUGUUAAACGACUUGACGGGAUGUUUUCCUUUGUCCUUCUUGACACGAAUAAAAAUCGAUUUAUUGCCGUGCGUGACCCUAUAGGUAUUACUACCCUUUAUCAAG